AUGGUGCCAGCGUCGUCAAAUGCUGAAAGUCGAGUAAUUAGAGAUGGGGUGGCGAUGAGAGAAAGGAGUUACAGCGGUGAGGAGGAGGCGACGGCGCAGAGGGGGGAGACGCCCUUCCACGUCGUCGAGAGAGAAAGAGAGAGUAUCAAAUCGCAGCUUUCAUCGUACGCCAUGGCCCAAAAGACCUUCAAGUCGGAACAUCCCCUCGAAAGGCGUCAGGCAGAAGCUGCUCGGAUUAGGGAGAAGUACCCUGAUAGAAUUCCGGUUAUUGUUGAGAAGGCUGAACGAAGUGACAUACCUGACAUUGACAAGAAAAAAUAUCUAGUUCCCGCUGAUCUGACCGUCGGGCAAUUUGUGUAUGUUGUGCGAAAGAGGAUUAAGCUUAGUGCUGAGAAAGCUAUAUUUAUCUUUGUCAAGAACAUUCUCCCCCCAACCGCUGCUAUGAUGUCUGCGAUUUAUGACGAAAACAAAGAUGAGGAUGGUUUCCUGUAUAUGACUUACAGUGGUGAGAACACUUUUGGAUCGUCCUGA